AUGACAAGCGAGCGACGUGAUUCGUUCAGUGAGGACUGGGAAGAGCUCGACAAUGUCGGCUCUGUCAUGUCCUCAGAUGGAUCAUCCAGGACGGCAUCACCAGCCCCGCUUGAGGAAUACAACCCUGCAAUCGUGUCACCAGCUGACCCGAGGUAUGCAAAGUACUACAUGCCGCUAGCGCUACGACCGAAAGACGACAAGGCUGUCAACACACAACUGACCCCGACAACUACUGGCGCGACAAAUGAUGCACCGCAAGGCGUUGCACCUAGCGAAUCUCGCUCCUCCCAACCCCCCCAGAACAAGGACGUAGUGGUACCCGACGAUCUCAUUACACUAAGGACGAUAUCCAGGCAACCUGGAGACUUGCCAAUGAGCUGGAAUGGCCAGAAAUGGGUACUGCCACCAUCAGUUCAAGAACAAAAAGACCUCGGGUGCCAUGAUGAAGUUUCAGAAAUGGAUACUGGCCGCGACCAAGGUAAACGCGGCAGAAAUAUUCACCAUGACAACCCAGAUGUACACCUUCAGGCUUGUAGCAAUACAAUGACCACCCUUGCCAAUGUCGCAAAUCUCGCCUAUAGCAUCGGCGGCAAUCGAAUCUCCACAAUGAGUAUGAUCCAUCAAACAUGCGGCCGCCUAUUGAUACAGACAAAAGAGCUUAAGCAUAUGCUCAAAGUGUAUAGAACACACUGGGCGGCCCAAGGAUCUAAUGGAUCUGUUGCCGACAUUCCUGUGAGGCCCGAUGUCUUGGAGUGGAUUUAUCAGCUUCGAGAUCAACUCUUUACAACAACACAGCAGUUAGAAACUGCCAGGUAUAAGAAUCAUGUUCUCGGGACGGCUUCGGACAUACCUCUGGAUGUCAAUUCGGGACUUGCACGUUGUGGAGAAGGCUUGGGAAGACUCAGUAAUUCCUUUGAUGAGGUUUUGCCCAUCCUACGACAGGAAUUUGACACAUUUACGGAGGCACAUUUGGCCUUUCAGCCUACCGUAAUUGACUACUCAAAACCGAGGCCAAUCCCUCGUAUACCUAUCAAAUCGAUCAUUAGCCGCAUCCACAAAGAAUUCUGCGAUUUGCAAGACUGUCUCGUCUCGCUGAGUUACUUUCUCAAAGAAGUCAACACCGAUCCUUGUUUCGACUGGAUCAUAGACCCUGCUGUUACCAACUUGGCAGACCAUGUCAUCGAUAUCAUCGCAAAGACACUGGAGAAUGAUCCUCCCGAGUGGCUAGAGUCUCACGAAGCUGUGCUAGGGGGAUUGACGUACCAACAGUUUGUAAAUUUGGAUGCCGACAUGCUCCAUUUGUUUUUUGUACACCUCAAGUGGCUCAAGGACGAGCUUGAUGUGGUGCCUGACGAGGAUGGGGCUUUGUCUUCGUGGAAGAAGGUGCGGGAUUAUCAGGUUGAGCAGCUGGCGAGAGGUGGAAAGCUGGAAGAGAUCCGUCACUUUAUUGACCAUUUGAGACUAGAGUUUCAAUUGUCUUAG